CCGCCGCGGCCCUGCCAGGUUGUUACUGGCAGAAGCAUCACUGAGAUCUGAAUCCUGGAACUUGCUUUCAAGAGCUUGAAACAAAGGACUUCUUUCUAAUUUGGGCAUGGCUAAUCGAGGUGCAACAAGACCCAAUGGGCCAAAUGCUGGAAAUAAAAUUUGCCAGUUCAAACUAGUACUUUUAGGAGAGUCUGCAGUUGGCAAAUCAAGUUUGGUGCUUCGUUUUGUAAAAGGACAGUUUCAUGAGUUUCAAGAAAGUACAAUUGGAGCUGCUUUUCUAACCCAGACUGUAUGUCUCGACGAUACAACGGUAAAAUUUGAAAUUUGGGAUACAGCUGGGCAAGAGCGGUACCACAGUUUAGCACCUAUGUACUACAGAGGAGCGCAAGCAGCUAUAGUGGUAUACGACAUUACAAAUGAGGAGUCGUUUGCCAGAGCGAAAAACUGGGUCAAAGAACUUCAGCGACAAGCAAGUCCUAACAUUGUAAUAGCUUUAGCAGGAAACAAAGCUGAUCUAGCUAACAAGAGAGCUGUGGAUUUCCAGGAAGCACAGGCUUAUGCAGAUGACAACAGCUUAUUGUUCAUGGAGACGUCUGCCAAAACAUCUAUGAACGUAAAUGAAAUAUUCAUGGCAAUUGCAAAAAAAUUGCCUAAGAAUGAACCACAGAAUGCAGGAGCCAGCUCUGCUAGAGGAAGAGGAGUAGACCUUACUGAACCCACGCAACCACCCAAGAGUCAAUGUUGUAGUAACUAAAACAUCAAUUGCUUUAAACUGUUCUGAAUAUUCUUCUGCUUCCUAACUGUUAAUAACCAUGGAAUUGGAGUGCUUAACCUGGCCCAGUACAUCUUCCAAACAGCGAAGAGACUUACGAUAAUAGUCAAGUUCAUGAUACAGAGUUUUCUUUUGACCUAAAAUUUUAACAUGCAUGUAUCCACCACUGGCUGUAAUGUUUCAGCAGUAGAGGAGAGAUGGAAGCGGAAUAAACUUCCUUCAGUUGAAAGGUUUAAAAAUCACUUACCAUUAGGGGUGUAAAAGAACUACUUUUCGUGGACCUAAUUGGCCAGUUCCUGUAGCCUCAAUACUGAUUACUGUUAUAAUAAAUAGAAUUGGGACUUUUCAUAAUUCUCAAUUGUGCUUUAAAACCUUUUUAGAAACAGGGUCUAAAAAUUACUUAAACUUAUUCACAGUAUUGAUGCAACCAGUUGUUUCUGCGGGUAUCUACUGUUUAGUUAUACAUUCCAUAGUUUAAUAAUUUAAUUACAGAUAAUACUUGCAUUAACAAUUUUAAGAACCCUAUGCUUGCGGGAAAGUGGAGUUUUAGUUGGUACACUGUAUGUAAAUUCUAUCAGCCCAGUUAGUUAUCUAAAGGAAUUAGUGAUAAAUCAAGUUUAACUUCAUUUCUAAUCUGUUCAGAGGGUACAGACCAGUAAAUUCAACUUUACGACUUAGGGGUUUUUUUUUCCUCUACAAACUGUAAGAGCUCUUCAAGUAAAAUCACAACAAACUUGGUGUCUGUAACUUCUUUCUUGUUUUUGAUCAUUGCUGGCCAUUACAGUUUGUUUUUCCCCUAAGGAAAAAAAUAGUGCACUAACGAUUAUGUACAUCCAACUUGAUUUUAAAUUUGGAUAUUAAUGUACUGUAAAUAGGUACUCUGCAUUGUAGUCUACAUUUGUUUAAUACUUUCUGUAAUAUUUAAGAGUUGCUUAAAGGUAUACAGAAUGUACAGUUACUUAAAGCUAACUUUUUUCCUCUCUAAUCAAAGGGGGUUCAAAGUUCUUCCUUUAUGGCUAGAACAGUAAUAAAUGAUGCUCCUGUAUCUGUAACAUAAGUAUUGCUGUCUGUCAGUAAUGAACUUUGCAACUUUGUUUUCCAAAGUACGUUUUAUUUUGAUCUGUCCAGUAUAUUGCACUAAUUCUUUUAGUUAUUUUCAUUAUAUGAAAUCUACCAAGUGUGUCAGAAGAGAUGAAUUAGUCUAUUUAAAUGUUGAACUGAUAGCAGAAACUUACUUGUGCAGAUUUUAAAUUUGCAGUAAUCUGGGUCUAGCAAGGAAAAUGACAGUUCACCAGUGUUUAGUUUUAUAUUGAGGUGCUCAGGUUUGAAUAAAGUGGUUUAAAAGAAAAAAAAAAUUUUUGAUUACUGUUUCUUACUGAGAGUUUCAGAAGGUUUUAUUGCAUUUGCACAGUUCCAGACAAGAUGUCUGAUUUACUAUAUGGGUCAGCAUUGAAGAUGAUUACAAGUAAAUUCAUGACACAGCUAAA